GAUCAUCUGUUUACUGCUUAUCGAUCGGAAUUCAACACUUACUGAUAAACCACUCCCCACCGCGAUUGGAAACAUCCUCCGAUAACCACCGCCCACUAUGCGCACCACCGCAUCUGUCAAACCAUCCCACUACCCAGCGAUACCCUUCCACAUUAUCCGCGCAACGGGUCUCAUUUCGACCUUUAUCGUAGGCAUCAUUCUUGCUGUCUUCAUCACCAACCUACACAGCCAUGGCUACAAGCUUCCGUGGGCCUUCCUGGUCAUAAAACAGCUCCUAAUCGCCACCGUCCUGACCCUUCUCAACUACAUUCUCACGACGCUGACCCACUGCUUCUAUGGCCUCUCCCCACGCCUCUCCCUAACCACCAAUUCCAUCCUCCUAGUUCUCUGGCUCAUCUCUCUUGGCCUCCUGAGCUACAGUCUCGCGCACACCAUCCUGACCAGCUGCACGACCACUUACUGGGGCACCUCAACCGGCAUCAACGUGUGCCGCAUCUACAAGGCGCUCUUCGCGUUCACCAUCCUCGCGACCGCCGCCCACAUCGCCGCCGUCGUCCUCGAUGUGAUCGUCCGCCGACGCCAGACCCGCCUGGGCGAAUACGACCCCAUGGCCAGCAACGCCGCCCUCAACGACUACAAGAUGCACAACCGCGGGAGCAGCGUCAUGUCCGGCGGCGUGGGCCCCUACCACCCGGACGACCUGUACGCCCAGCCGCAUCCCGCGCAACAGGGGCCCUACGGGUACCCCGCCGGCCAGGAAUCCUAUCACGAUGCACCACCGCCCGACAUGUCGGGCCAGUAUAUGUCCCCGCCGCCGUCGUAUGGCGGGCUGGGAAACCACGCCGGCGCCGCAGCAGAGCACGACCACGCUCGCGAAGUGGAACAGUACGGCGACGCUGCGGCGGCGGGAGAUCUCGGGGCGCAACACCCCAUGCCGCGGGUGCGGUUCAGCGCGUAUGGAGCUUCAGCGUCCACCAUGGGCUACACCCGUCCCGCGGAGCAGACGGGGUAUGAUGCCGGGGCGUAUCGCUAGAUGGCGAUUGAAAUUCGUUUCCUUUGCCUUCUGUGGCCUGACGAGCUUGUGUUCUUGGAAGUAGGCGCUCGCUAGAAUUCGAAGCAGCCUCAGAAUGCGAAGCGCUUCUGUAAGAGCUCUUACACUGUUAUAUUACGGAUUUGACG